AUGAUAAACGACAUUGUCUUCUCUAAUGUUAACUUCUCAAAGCAUUUGGUCUUAAAAGGUAUUGUACAGGAUUUCAAUCUUUGUUUGGUGGAAGAGUCAAGUUCUGAAAACUCUUCUAAGAUUUAUCGAUCUCCAGACUGGUCUACACUUCCCUCUCCAUUCAUUAAGAUAAACGUUGACGGUGCCUUCAUUCCAAAUAAUGCCGAUGCAGGGGAAAUUGCCCGUGAUUACAAUGGUAAGUUCAUGGGUUGUGGUUCAUCGACAUUUGACGCUGCUUCUCCUUUAUUGGCAGAAGUUGUGGCUUGUAAACUUGGUUUACAGCUUGCUAUAAUGUUUGGUUUCAAUGAUGCUAUUAUAGAAGGGGACGCCUCAAAUGUAACUUCAGUUGUUCUUGGUGAAAUAUCAGAUAUACCAUGGAGUAUUAGAUCUGUCAUUUUAGAAAUCAGGGAUAUGACGGGAUCAUUUGCUGUUGUUAAAUUUUAG